GGUCUGAAAAGCUGUCUACCGCAAGUCUACCACAUGUUAGUUGCUAAGAUCAGUCCGUCACGUGAGCAAGUGCGGUAACAAUCUCUCUGUUACAUAUACCAACGCCUUGCACUGUGAAAAUUAUGUUGGUGUAGGAAGUGGUGUCCAGGUGUUUGUGAUUUUGUUUUACUUCUUGAGCCGGAUUUUACUGCAAGAUUAUGGAUGUUAACAGUUUUCUGGAAGCCGAAACUAGCUGUGACCAACCCCCCAACAUGGCCCAUCUUCCUCCAAUGCCUGAGCUUAAGCGAAUUCAGCGUCCUUUGGUCAAGAAAACGUCUAAGGCCAAGAGACAAGCGAAGCAGCCCGUUCAGUCAAUGCGUCCUGCAGAGGAACCGUCUUUCGUUGAAGCCAUGUCAGCGGCGUCGAGGGAGGUUCCAGAUGUCCCAAUGCUGCUGCCCUUCAAAGAUCAGCCAGUUUCAGCUCCUGAAGUGCCAGUACUGCAGAGGACUUCAGAUUACUCAAGUCCGUCACCCCAGGAGAUAUUUCAACAACCGUCAGCAUUAAGAAGGGUUUCAGAUUCCCAAACUACAUCACCCAGUGAGAGAUAUCCACAGCCAUCAUCACGCUACGAGAGAUUACAACAACCAAUGGUGCCGUCAAAGGUUUCUGAUUACCCAGCUCCAUCAAGCCACGAAAGAUUUCAUCAGCCAUCAGUACCGCUGAAAGUUUCUGAUCACCGGCCUCCACCCUAUGGCAGAUUGCAACAACUGCCUGUAUCUCAGGUUUCUGAUCACCCACCUCCACCCUAUGAUAGAUUGCAACAACCACCAGUACCACAGGUUUCUGAUCACCUGCCUCCACCCUAUGGCAGAUUGCAACAACUGCCUGUAUCUCAAAGGGUUUCUGAUCACCUGCCUCCACCCUAUGGCAGAUUGCAACAUCCGCCUGUAUUUCAAAAGGUUUCUGAUCACCCGCCUCCACCCUAUGGCAGAAUGCAACAACCGCCUGUGUCUCAAAAGGUUUCUGAUCACCCGCCUCCACCCUAUGACAGAUUGCAACAACGGCCUGUAUCUCAGAAGCUUUCUGAUCCCCCUCCUCAACCCUAUGACAGAUUGCAACAACCACCAGUUUCAUUAACUCAUAAUAUACGUAAACUCUUGUCAAGGGCUUCAAAUCCUCAAGCACCAACUCCCUGUGAAAGACCAAAACCACCAAAGUUUCCGUGGGUUUCAGAUUGGUCUCAACAGCCACCAGAGCAGCAGAGGGUUUCAAGAUCCCAAGCACCAAUGAUGCCAAUGGCAUCAAGGCCCAAAGCACAAGUGUGGCCAAUGGCUUCAAAUUCUCAAGUGCCAGUUUCAGCUCAAACUCAAUCCUCCUAUGUCUGGUCUCGACAACCACAAGAUUCAAAUCUUCAAGUGGCAGUACCCUCCAAGUUUCCAAGUCCUCAACCGCCAGUCCCCAGUGCAAGAUCUCAACAAGUGUCAGUGCAGGUUUCAAAUCCUCAUGCACCUUCCCCAUGGAAGACGCUUCACCAAUCACCAGUGUUGUCGAGUGAAUGGUCUCAACAUUCGCAAGUGUUAACGAAGGUUUCAGGACCCCAAAUGCCAGUGUUGCCAAGGGUUACAAAUCAUCAAGUGCCAGUCUUGUCAAGUGUUUCAGAUCCUCGAGCACUAUCCCCAUGUAAGAGAUUUCAACAACCACCAGAACUGUCGAGUGAGUGGUCUCAGCAAGUGUCACCAGUGCAUCCAGAUCCCCCAUUACUAUCAUUUCAGUGUGUAGUAGAAGAAUUGCAGAAGAUUUCAGAUCCGCAAAUGCCGUCCUCCCAUGAAAGAUUAAAAUAUUCACCAGUGAUAUCCAAAACACCACUAGAAUCAGUAAGUGUCAUUGCAUCUGGCAAAUCAAGACAGUCAAAUUUUAUUUCACAACCGAGUGCUCCUUAUUUUGAUAAUGCAAGUAAACAAAAUCAACCAAGGUUGCAUCAUGACUUAAAGCAAAAUGCAUUCAUAAAACAACAAUCUGUUGAGCCUAAUUAUGUAAUGCAACAUGUAGUCCAACAAUAUUAUCAUCAAUCAGUAGAACAGGCUCAUCAGAAAUUAAAUUAUCAACACCCAAAUCAACCAGUGUUAAGCGAUAUAUAUGGUUAUAGACGACAAGAUUCCAGUUUACAGUCAUUUCCUCAACUUACCCCUGGUUAUCACAGAGGUGCUGCAGUACCUUGUUCAGUAUCUGAUUGCAGAACAUGUAUGUACUAUAUGAAAAUGACACAGCAUUAUGGACAGAAAAAACACAUUCCAAUAGAUGGUCAACAGCAUAUUUUACAACAUGGCCAAAGCUCUUACUGUCAGCCAUGGCACAACCAGUAUAACAAUUUCCAGGAGAAUCUGAAUAUCUAUAAGUACCAGCAACAAAUGCAGCAUAAAAUGUACCAGCAACAAAUGCAGCAUAAAAUGCAAAACAAACUACUUACUCCACCUAACCAAAUGGAAUGUGUGCAGCAGGGGCAACAGCUUAACUAUGAUCAUAGAAUAAAUGAAAGAACACAACCCUUCCUGGGAAAGCCUUUGCAACAUCAUAUGAAAAAUGCUUUAGAACAAACCCAACAGCCUCAAACACAACAGAAGCAUCCUACAAGAGAGCAGGAAAACGGUAAACCUCUAAUGCAGAUUGAUUCUGAAAGGUACCAGCAGCUAAGAGAUCAGCCACUGCUUUGUUCAAAAUGGCAUGUAAAUCCCUUUUUCCAGCAAAAGGAUAACGCUCAUCAAAAUAUAAAUACUGUUGUAAAAGAGGCAGAUACUAUGUUGACAACCCAAAUAAAAGAUGGUCAGAAAGAAUCGGUUUGGCAAACUCCUGACCACUGUACAGAUAAUCCUAAAAAUCUGGUUUCCCAUGCAAGCCACAAAGUUGUUGAAAUCUAUUCUCAAGAGUCUAAAAUCGAAGUUACAAAGCAUUCUAUGUCUAAAGCUGAAGCAAAGGAACAAAUUUCAGAGAAAAUCACAAACUCUCCAACUUUUGCCCAAACAGCCACUAUGAAUGUUGCAUGCCAACUAUCUCCACCUGCAACACCUAUAGAUUUGAGAAAAGCCAAAGAACAUAAAACAGAUGAAUACCCCGGUCUUCAGUCAUCAGUCAAGGCUGAUCUUAAAAUGGCAAAGGAUCAGAGGUUAUUUAAAAUGUCAUAUGACCUUAUUCAUAAAGACUCGCCACAAAGAGUCAUACCUGAAAGUAGGUCUUUAUCUAAUACUGAGCAUGAAACUUGUAAUGAGUAUACAAGCUCUACCCAAAAUAGUAACCAGGCAGUAAAAGAACAUACCUUGGUGGCUGGGCACAUAAGUGGUGCAAUUCCUCCACCCAAAGGCCUUUCAGUACCUUCAAGUCCCACCCAAAUCCCUACAAUUUUCUCUCAAACUCCUCCACCGACACCUCCAGAGCAACUGUUUCCAGAAUGGAAUGAGACGGUUACUGAUGAUCAGAGAAAGAGAGCUGUCAUAGAGAAUGAUAUUCAAGAAUGUACAAGCACUAGCACACGAAUUGCAGAGGAUGCAGCAAAAAAACAUAGUAUAGAAAGUUCAGCCAUACCACAAACAGAAAUAUCCCAUCAAAGUAUAGAGUGUCCACCAGUUGACUGCAACCAACCUAUACAUGUAAUCUCACAACCGGUCAGCAGAGAGCAAGAAAAAAAUCCAAAAAUGCACAUGCAUCAGGAUCUAUCUAGUACACAAGUAAUUUCAAAUAAACAAUCACCUCUGUUACUGGGAGAUGUUUCUCAAUCUGCUUCUGUAAUUGCAAGUGAAAAGUACUCUGUAGAAAAUUGUUCUCCAGUGCAGCAAAAAGAUAUUGUUAUAACUGAGAGUGAACAGAAGACCAACCAAAAGGCAGCAACAAAGUCAAAAUUGCACUUAAAUAUACCUCGACCAGAGAAACAACUACUGCCAAGCGAACAAAAAAAUCAAACACAGGAUAUAGCAGGUCCUCCAAUAGCAAACUCUCAUAUGUUUGCUAAACAAGAAACCCCAAGUGUAGGUGAUAGUAGGUGCUCAGUUGUUUCAGAUAAAGAGAAACAUAAAACUAUUUCUAAAGACAACCUUGUAAGGUCUAGUAAAAUGUAUGACUGCUUAGGGUCGGUACACUUCAUUUCUCGAUGUUACCGAACAAAGUGUUUCGUAUGCAACAAAGAAGUUGCUGGGAAAAAUGUAAUAAACCAUAUGUUUUUUCCUCAUUUGAAAUGUAGAAACUGUAAAACCAUAAUCAAAUCAUGCCAUGAUUACAGCAUGUUAAAGAAAAGACUAAGGAAGGGAAAACUAAAAUCCUGCAGCAGUGUCUCUGGAUGCCAUAAUUUCGAUAGAUGGAACGUCAGUCCAGUUGACUUUCUGACCUAUAGAGUUAGGAAGUUGAUCGCAUUCAGGGGAAAAAGAAGCUAUAAUAAUCAGCCAACGGAACAGGAAGUUACAGACGAGAUGGAAACGUACAUUAAGAAGCUGUUAAUGCUACAGUUUUUGAACCCUUGGAAAUCUGCAAUCAGGAGUUGUAAGAAAUACAUUGAUGCCUUAAAGCAAACAAAGUCUGAAUCCAACAAACAAGGCAAGAAGAGAAAAAGGGCCGAAGAUCCUGAAAAAGAAAAUUCGAUCAAAAGAGGAAGGAAGAAGAGUAACAUAAAUGUCCCUAAACCAAUUCUGAGGACUCUGUCAGAAACUAGCAAUACCAUUUCUAAUACCCAUGAAUCCAGCAGCCUAAGUGUUGAACCUCUCGAGUCCACAAGCCUCGACAGAACAACUAACAGAUCAGAGGGAACAAUGGUAAUACAAGAACAGGGAACGACUGGAGCUACGACGGAAAAGACAGUGCGUAAAGUGCCUAGCAUUCUAAUGAAAGUCAUACAGGAACCAUCGCUAGCGAAGGUAAAUGGGGAACCUCAAGCAAAGGAACCGGAGUCGAGUGUGGAUGUAACCUUACCUGAGUAUGGUGACGAUUACCUCCUGAAUGCCUGCGACAUGGACAUGCUUGAUAAAAUGACUACCUAUGUAUCAUUAUCAGAUGGGCCAUAAUUCGGCCACAGAAAAAGGGAAACCGCUCGUCUCUCAUGGUGAGGCUAUGGUAUUCUAACCAAAACAACGAAAGCCAAAGUUGCCUGAGAAAAAUGAUUUUUGUGAUUUCUGGCUCAUAGUGUUAAUUGUUAAACCAGGUUCCCGCUAAAGGAGGGGAAAUAAGAAAAAAAAAAUGGGUCUAAUGAGGUUAUAAGAAAGAACAUGUUUUAUUUUGUUUUUUAAAAAGAAUGUUUUAUGUUUAUGUUCAUAGUUAAUGUCACUAUGAUGCAAUAUUGUAAUAUUUAUAUGAAUGUUAAUACAUAUGAGAUUAAAUUAUAU